AUGGACCGUGAAGGGUAUAGAAGAGGGACGAGUCGUGCUCGAGAUGGGAGUCCGGUGAGAGAAAGAAGACAUCGGCCGAGGCAUGACGAAGAUGUCAGUGAUAGAGAGCGAGAUCGAGAGUUGCGCAGACAGCGUCACAAGGAACGAGAACGAGAGCGUACGGCAGCGAAACAUACGAGUACCGACUCGACGAAUAGUGCGUCACAGCUACUCAGCGCUGACGCUCUAGCUAAGCUCAAUGAGCACUACGAGCAAGGAAAAGGGCGAGAAUACAAACGAAUGAGCCGGCAGGAUCGGACUCGAGAUAUUCCUAAUGAGGACCUUCGGGUAGACAAAAAACGACGGCGACGGCAUGAAGUUUUGGAUGAGAAGAACUAUGAUGAGCAUAACGCCGAGUCUCCUCGCCAGUCCCAAAAGAGACGAUUGGUCUCGGGAGCAGUCAUGGAAGAAGGGCGAAGCAAUAAGCUAAAAUUUUGGAGGCGAGGAGGCGGAGGUGGUGGCCCGAUCUUUGGCGGCGGCCGCGGAGGGCGUGAAAAUGGAGGCAGGGAAAAGGAUGGUGGUGAUGAUGAUGAUGAUGAUGGAGAGCCGUUUUGGAAAAGGCGAAAAAAGCUUUUAAUAGCUCUUGGGGUGAUUGUUCUUAUUCUUGCCAUCGUGAUCCCAGUUGCAAUCGUCGUGUCCAAGAAGCAAAACCAGAAUAAUAAUAGCACAGGCAGCUCGAGCAGCGGUGACUCGCCUGGCAGCUCUACAAGCAAUUUAACAUCCAGCCUUUCGAGCAUCUCAAGGGACAGCAUACCAGCGGCUGCACAAGGAACCUACUUUGACCCUUUCACAUGGUAUGACACUCGGGACUUUAACUUGACAUAUACAAAUGAAACUGUCGGUGGUCUGCCAAUAAUGGGCCUCAAUUCAACAUGGGAUGAUUCAGCGCAGCCAAAUAGCAAUGUUCCGGCUUUAAAAAACAGCUUUCCGUAUGGAAGCUCACCUAUUCGAGGUGUAAAUAUCGGUGGAUGGCUCUCAAUCGAACCAUUCAUCACACCGUCAUUUUUCGCUCAGUACCCAAUCACCGCCGGUAUUGUAGACGAGUAUACUCUGUCCCAGAAGCUGGGUUCAUCCGCUGCAUCAACAAUUGAGGCGCACUAUGCCACAUUCAUCCAAGAAGAGGAUUUUGCAGAAAUCGCAGCUGCUGGGCUUGACCAUGUCCGAAUUCCUUACUCAUACUGGGCGGUGACAACGUAUCCGGAUGACCCCUAUGUCGAGAAGAUAGCUUGGAGAUACCUCCUAAGAGCUAUUGAGUAUUGUCGGAAAUAUGGGAUACGAGUCAACCUUGACCUACACGGCCUACCUGGUAGUCAGAAUGGCUAUAAUCACAGCGGCAGACAAGGAUUAAUUGGAUGGCUCAACGGAACGGAUGGAGCUUUGAAUGCUCAACGUUCCUUGGACAUUCAUGACCAACUUUCCCAAUUCUUUGCCCAAGAUCGAUACAAAAAUAUUGUAACUAUAUACGGUCUCGCCAAUGAACCACCACUACUUACACUUGAUAUUGCAACGGUACUUAAUUGGACAGUCAAGGCAACCGAUAUAGUGCAAAAGAAUGGUAUCAAGGCCAUGAUCUCAAUGGGCGAUGGGUUCUUGAACCUGGACAAAUGGCAGUACAUUAUGAAGACUGAUGUGCCUUCUAAUUUGUUGCUGGACACCCAUCAAUAUACCAUCUUUAACGUCAACGAAAUCGACUUAGCCCAUGCCGACAAAAUCAACUUGACAUGUACGUCCUGGUUACCGAUGCUAGAGAAAGUCAAUAGUACGACCAACGGCUGGGGUCCAACAAUCUGCGGCGAGUUUUCCCAAGCUGACACAGACUGCGCCCAAUACCUGAACAACGUAGGCUCCGGCACACGCUGGGCAGGGAAUAUAGGCUCAACAUCCGAUCCUCGCUGUCCCACAGCCACAGGCAACAGCAACAGGAAAGGAACAACCUGUAGCUGCGACAUGGCCAAUGCCGCCGUCUCAUCGUACAGCGACGACUACAAAAAGUUCCUACAAACAUAUGCCGAAUCACAAAUCUACGGGUUCGAGAAAAUGAUGGGAUGGUUUUAUUGGACCUGGCAGACUGAAUCUGCGCCGCAGUGGAGUUACAAACAGGCGAGAGAUGGAGGGUUUAUGCCAAAACUGGCGUAUGAGCCAUCUUUCAAGUGUGGGGAUGCGAUCCCUGAUUUUGGGACUUUGCCUGAAUAUUACUGA